AUGCCGUUGGGCGUGGAAGAAGACGAUGGUGGCCUUGAAGGCUUCGAGGAUUUCUUCCCUGCAGAGCCCGUGAGCCUUCCCAAGAAGAAGCCCAAGAAGCUGAAAGAGAGCAAGUCCAAAGGGAAACGGAAGAAGAAGGAGGGGAGCAACGAUGAGCUGUCAGACAAUGAGGAGGACCUGGAAGAGAAGUCGGAGAGCGAAGGCAGCGACUACUCCCCCACCAAGAAGAAGAAGAAGAAACUGAAGGAGAAGAAGGAGAAGAAAGCCAAGCGGAAAAAGAGGGACGAGGACGAGGAUGAUAAUGACGACGGAGGCUUGAAGGAGCCAAAGUCCUCGGGGCAGCUCAUGGCGGAGUGGGGCCUUGAUGAUGUGGACUACCUGUUCUCAGAGGAAGACUACCACACGCUAACCAACUACAAGGCUUUCAGCCAGUUCCUUCGGCCGCUCAUUGCCAAGAAGAACCCCAAGAUCCCUAUGUCCAAAAUGAUGACCGUCUUGGGGGCCAAGUGGCGAGAAUUCAGCGCCAACAACCCGUUUAAGGGCAGCUCGGCGGCAGCAGCUGCGGCAGCUGUGGCCGCAGCUGUAGAGACUGUGACCAUUGCUCCUCCAUUGGCUAUCAGUCCCCAGCAGGUGCCCCAGCCUCUCCCCAUCCGCAAGGCCAAGACCAAAGAGGGCAAGGGGCCUGGAGUGAGGAAGAAGAACAAAGGCGCCAAAGACUCCAAGAAGAAGGGGAGGGGCAAGCGAGUGGCGGGGCUCAAAUUCCGCUUUGGAGGAAUCAGCAAGAGGAAGAAGGGUUCCUCGAGCGAGGAAGAUGAGCGCGAGGAAUCCGAUUUGGACAAUGCCAGCAUCCAUAGCUCUUCCGUGCGCUCCGAGUGCUCCACCGCGCUGGGCAAGAAGAAUAAGAGGAGGCGCAAGAAGAAGAGGAUAGAUGAUGGUGACGGCUAUGAGACAGACCACCAGGACUACUGUGAAGUGUGCCAGCAGGGUGGGGAGAUCAUUCUGUGUGACACUUGCCCGAGGGCGUACCACCUGGUCUGCCUGGACCCGGAGCUGGAGAAGGCUCCAGAGGGCAAGUGGAGCUGCCCGCACUGUGAGAAGGAGGGGAUCCAAUGGGAGCCGAAGGACGAUGAUGAGGAAGAGGAGGAGGGCGGCUGUGAGGAGGAGGAGGAUGAUCACAUGGAGUUCUGCCGCGUGUGCAAGGACGGUGGCGAGCUCCUGUGUUGCGAUGCCUGUCCCUCCUCUUACCAUCUGCACUGCCUCAACCCUCCGCUGCCAGAGAUCCCGAACGGUGAAUGGCUCUGCCCGCGCUGUACUUGUCCCCCACUGAAGGGCAAAGUCCAGCGGAUCCUACACUGGAGGUGGACCGAACCCCCAGCUCCCUUUAUGGUGGGACUGCCAGGACCAGAGGGGGAGCCAGGCAUGCCCCCACCCAAGCCUCUGGAGGGCAUUCCUGAGAGAGAAUUCUUUGUCAAGUGGGCCGGGCUCUCUUACUGGCACUGCUCCUGGGUGAAGGAGCUACAGCUGGAGCUGUACCACACCGUGAUGUACCGCAACUACCAAAGAAAAAACGAUAUGGACGAGCCACCGCCCUUUGAUUAUGGCUCCGGCGAUGAGGACGGUAAGAGCGAGAAGAGGAAGAACAAGGACCCUCUCUAUGCCAAGAUGGAGGAGCGCUUCUACCGCUACGGCAUCAAGCCCGAGUGGAUGAUGGUCCACCGCAUCCUGAACCAUAGCUUUGACAAGAAGGGGGACAUGCAUUACCUGAUCAAGUGGAAGGAUUUAUCCUACGACCAGUGCACCUGGGAGAUUGAUGACAUCGAUAUCCCCUACUAUGACAGCCUGAAGCAGGCCUACUGGGGCCACAGGGAGCUGAUGCUGGGAGAGGAUGCCCGGCUCCCCAAGAGGCUGAUCAAGAAGGGCAAGAAGCUGAAGGAUGAUAAGCAGGAGAAGCCCCCAGAGACGCCCAUUGUGGAUCCCACAGUCAAGUUUGACAAACAGCCGUGGUACAUCGACUCCACUGGAGGCACGCUGCACCCUUACCAGCUGGAGGGCCUCAACUGGUUACGUUUCUCCUGGGCCCAGGGCACUGACACUAUCCUGGCUGACGAGAUGGGUUUGGGCAAGACGGUGCAGACCAUUGUGUUUCUCUAUUCCCUGUACAAGGAGGGCCACUCCAAGGGGCCUUACCUGGUCAGCGCGCCCCUGUCCACCAUCAUCAACUGGGAACGUGAGUUUGAGAUGUGGGCGCCUGACUUUUACGUGGUCACCUACACGGGGGACAAGGAGAGCCGCUCGGUGAUCCGGGAGAACGAGUUUUCCUUUGAGGACAACGCCAUUCGGGGUGGGAAGAAAGUAUUUCGCAUGAAGAAGGAAGUGCAGAUCAAGUUCCAUGUGCUGCUCACCUCCUAUGAGCUCAUCACUAUCGACCAAGCCAUCCUGGGCUCCAUCGAGUGGGCCUGCCUUGUGGUGGACGAGGCCCACCGGCUCAAGAACAACCAGUCCAAGUUCUUUAGGGUCUUGAAUAGCUACAAGAUUGACUACAAGCUGCUGCUGACAGGGACGCCCCUUCAGAACAACCUGGAAGAGCUAUUCCAUCUCCUCAACUUCCUGACUCCAGAGAGGUUCAACAAUCUGGAAGGCUUCCUGGAGGAGUUUGCUGACAUCUCCAAAGAAGACCAGAUCAAAAAACUGCACGACCUGCUGGGGCCGCACAUGCUCCGGAGGCUCAAGGCCGAUGUGUUCAAGAACAUGCCGGCCAAGACAGAGCUGAUCGUCCGUGUGGAGCUGAGCCAGAUGCAGAAGAAGUACUACAAGUUCAUCCUCACACGGAACUUCGAGGCACUCAACUCCAAGGGGGGCGGCAACCAGGUGUCUCUGCUCAACAUCAUGAUGGACCUGAAGAAGUGCUGCAACCACCCAUACCUCUUCCCCGUGGCCGCCGUGGAGGCCCCCGUAUUGCCCAAUGGCUCCUACGACGGCAGCUCCCUGGUCAAGUCUUCGGGGAAGCUCAUGCUGCUGCAGAAGAUGCUCAAGAAGCUGCGGGAUGAAGGACAUCGAGUGCUGAUCUUCUCCCAGAUGACUAAGAUGUUGGACCUCUUGGAGGACUUCCUGGAGUAUGAGGGCUACAAGUAUGAGCGGAUCGACGGGGGCAUCACUGGGGGCCUCCGGCAAGAGGCCAUCGACAGAUUCAAUGCUCCUGGGGCCCAGCAGUUCUGCUUCCUGCUCUCAACACGUGCCGGUGGCCUGGGCAUCAAUCUGGCCACAGCGGACACAGUUAUCAUCUACGACUCGGACUGGAACCCACACAAUGACAUCCAGGCCUUCAGCCGUGCUCACCGCAUCGGGCAGAACAAGAAGGUGAUGAUCUACCGCUUCGUGACCCGGGCCUCUGUGGAGGAGCGCAUCACUCAGGUGGCCAAGCGCAAGAUGAUGCUCACUCACCUGGUGGUGCGACCUGGCCUGGGCUCCAAGUCAGGCUCGAUGACCAAGCAGGAGCUGGAUGACAUCCUUAAGUUUGGCACGGAGGAGCUCUUCAAGGACGAUGUGGAGGGCAUGAUGUCCCAGGGUCAGAGGCCUGCCACACCCAUCCCUGAUGUACAGUCCUCCAAGGGCGGAUCUUUGGCAGCCGGAGCGAAGAAAAAGCAUGGCAGUACCCCACCAGGUGACAACAAGGACGUGGAAGACAGCAGUGUGAUCCACUAUGAUGAUGCGGCCAUAUCCAAGCUGCUGGAUCGGAACCAGGAUGCCACAGAUGACACGGAGCUACAGAACAUGAAUGAAUACCUGAGCUCCUUCAAGGUGGCACAGUACGUGGUCCGCGAGGAGGACGGCGUGGAGGAGGUCGAGCGGGAGGUGAUUAAGCAGGAGGAGAAUGUGGACCCUGACUACUGGGAGAAGCUGCUGCGCCACCACUACGAGCAGCAGCAGGAGGACUUGGCCCGCAACCUGGGCAAGGGCAAACGCAUCCGCAAGCAAGUCAACUACAAUGACGCCUCCCAGGAGGACCAGGAGUGGCAGGAUGAGCUCUCGGACAAUCAGUCCGAGUAUUCCAUCGGCUCUGAGGAUGAGGACGAGGACUUUGAGGAGAGACCCGAAGGGCAGAGUGGACGGCGACAGUCUAGGAGGCAGCUGAAGAGUGACAGGGACAAGCCCCUGCCGCCUCUUCUGGCUCGCGUUGGAGGCAACAUUGAGGUUCUGGGCUUCAAUGCCAGACAGAGGAAGGCUUUUUUGAAUGCCAUCAUGCGCUGGGGCAUGCCCCCCCAGGACGCCUUCAACUCCCACUGGCUGGUGCGGGACCUUCGCGGGAAGACUGAGAAGGAAUUUAGAGCCUAUGUGUCCCUCUUCAUGCGGCACCUGUGUGAGCCAGGGGCCGACGGCUCAGAGACCUUCGCAGACGGUGUACCCCGGGAGGGCCUGUCCAGGCAGCACGUGCUCACGCGUAUUGGGGUCAUGUCGCUGGUUAGGAAGAAGGUGCAGGAGUUUGAACAUGUCAACGGGAAGUACAGCACCCCAGAUCUGGUCCCCGAGGGACCGGAGGGCAAGAAGCCCUGCGAGGUUAUCUCCUCGGAUCCCAACACACCCGUGCCUGCCAGCCCUGCACAGCUCCCAGCAGCCCCACUGGGCCUGCCAGACAAAAUGGAAGCCCAGCUGGGCUACAUGGAUGAGAAGGAGUCAGGCAUGCAGAAGCCAAAGAAGCCCCAGGAAAUCCAGGCCCUGCCGACUGCGCUGGACAGAGGAGAAGGUGAAGACAAACACCAGAACUCAGACAGCAAGGACAGAGCUCGAGAGGAGAGGUUGGAGGAGGCAGAGAAGGCCCAGGGCUCACCCGAGCAGCCACCGAAAGAGGAAGUGCUGCCAGACAAGGAGCCCAUUCCAGUCAAGCUGGAGCCAAGCCCAAGUCACAGCGGCGAUUUCAGGCCAGAUGACUCCAAGGUUGAGGAGAGGGAGCCCAUGGAGACACAGCAAAACGGUGACAGAGAGGAAGAUGAGGAGGGGAAGAAAGAAGACAAGAACGGGAAAUUCAAAUUCAUGUUCAACAUUGCAGAUGGGGGCUUCACAGAAUUGCACACACUGUGGCAGAAUGAGGAACGGGCCGCUGUGUCCUCAGGAAAAAUCUAUGAAAUCUGGCACCGCCGCCAUGACUACUGGCUGCUGGCAGGCAUCGUGACGCAUGGCUAUGCCCGCUGGCAGGACAUUCAGAAUGACCCGCGGUACAUGAUCCUCAACGAGCCCUUUAAGUCUGAGAUCCACAAGGGCAACUACUUGGAAAUGAAGAACAAGUUUCUGGCCCGCAGGUUCAAGCUGCUGGAGCAGGCACUGGUGAUCGAGGAACAGCUCCGGAGGGCUGCGUACCUCAACAUGACCCAGGAUCCCAACCACCCCGCCAUGGCUCUCAAUGCGCGCCUGGCAGAGGUGGAGUGCCUUGCUGAGAGCCACCAGCACCUAUCUAAGGAGUCGCUGGCCGGGAAUAAGCCUGCCAAUGCCGUCCUUCACAAGGUCCUGAACCAGCUGGAGGAACUGCUGAGUGACAUGAAGGCAGAUGUGACUCGCCUGCCCUCCAUGUUGUCACGCAUCCCCCCGGUGGCUGCCCGUCUGCAGAUGUCGGAACGCAGCAUCCUGAGCCGCCUCACCAACCGCGCUGGUGACCCCACCAUCCAGCAGGGCGCUUUCGGCUCCUCUCAGAUGUACAACAGCUUUGGGUCCAACUUCCGGGGCCCUGGACCGGGAGGGAUUGUCAACUACAGCCAGAUGCCCCUGGGGCCCUAUGUGACUGGUAGGUCCCCACCCGCUUCCGGGCAGCAUGCAUGCGACGGCCCUCCGGGGCCCAGCCUGCCCGUUGCUGGGGAUGCCAGGCAAGCCCAUGCUCUGAUCUCUUCUCGGCAGACAUCUAGUCGUCCUUGUGACUUCCCCCUGUUGCAGCGCUCCUUUCCAGCUGAGCCGGGCCACCUGCCCAACCCCCACGGGAGAGAAAAGCUACAGCCCUUUUAGGAGUCGGUGCCGUGUUGGGAUACAAAAGGGAAAGCAAGCAAUUCUGUCACGCAGAGGACAAGGCCCAGCCUGGCUGCACAAGAGCCCAGAAGUGCCACCUCAUCGUAGUUGAUGUGUUCUUCCACACUGCAUCCUACCCUCUGCCAUGCCGGGCAAGGCCCUGGCACCUUUUCCAGAGUGACUGACUUAGAGGAAAUUCCAUUUACCCGUACUUUUUUUUGCACUUUCCUACCGAAGAUGCGAACGUGUUUGUCCUGAUAAAAAGUUGGAUGGCGUGUGGAAGACUCAGACUCACGGCGCUCCUGUCUGUCACUCGGCUCCAGACGCAAGGGGAAGUUCUCUGGAGGCCCUUGGUGUUGCUCUGUGGACUCACUCCAGCUGGGGAGAAGGCAGCAUCCCGCGUUCUGGAAGCCCUUAGUGUGUCCCUUGCCCCUGUCUGCACCUGUGUGGCGACCCUUCUGCUCUGGCCCCCUGCCUACUUGGGACUCUAGCGUUAGGGGGAUCAGGUCUGGAGAGUGGCUGCUUAGCCUGGUGAUGCCCAGCUUGGGGUUUUCUAUCUCCUUCCUGCCAGGGUUGGGGACCACCAGGUACAUUUCAUCUCCUGGCACGGGCACAUAUCUCAAAGGCUCUGGAAUCUGUUUCCAGUGGACACUGGAGGCCCCAGCGAUGUGUGGCAAAUGGAAGAGGGUGCCUCAGAAGGCAGGACAGACCUGGGCCAAAGGCUGGCCCGACGGGCUUCUGGACAUUUGCUCUUUGCGGGAGCAUGGUGCAGGCACGUGGGAGCUGGUAGGGUGUCCCAGGAAAGAGGGUCAUGUUUGUUGGGUGGCCCUGGGAGACUUGACCCCCUCCACCUGGGCACAGGCUUUCCUGUGCCCAACAUCCUGGACCACAGAUGUCAAGCUGAACUUCUCUGUUGUCUUGGUCCUAGAGAGGCCUUGUCUAGGGAAGCUGCUGCGUGAAGUAGGGGCCAUCAUGGCCCUUGCUGGUUCGCAGAGGGGGUGGAGAGCUGUGACUGGAGGUGGUACUGGACCUGAUGGCUUCUUUAGAUCUUUCCGAGCUGGAACCUCCAAGGCUUCUGGCCUUAUUUCCUGUAGGGAUGCCUUGGAAUGCUAGGACCAUCUUCCCAUGCCAGCAUUGCCAUACCAACUUGUCUGGCUCUACCCCAGCCUGUGGCACCACGUAAUGCUCCAUGCUGGGGUAUGGGUGGGGUGGACCUGCCAGGCGCUUGGCCUGUAUCUGACCUUCUUGCUGACCCUAGCUCAACCUGGAGAUUUCCAAGCCCUUGCCUUGGUGUUCCCAGGCAGAUGUUCUAGGGCUCAGUAUACCCUGAAGAUGAGGAAGAGGCUUCUGGGGAGAAGCACGUUGGGUGUGAGGGCAGGAAGAUUGGAGGGGUUCAGACUCCUGAAAGGAGGGUUACAGUGUCUCUGGGUCCACCAAGAUUGGGGGCAGGUCUCCAUGGGCUUGUCUUAAGGACACCGGGGCAGGUGCCCAAUCUUUCCUUAGCCCAGAUGUGCACAUCUGUAACGUAGUUCCUCCUCUGAACCCCUGGAGGGCUGGACCCCCACGGCUUCUUCCACUAUGGCAUUGCCAUGCUUUGGUCUGUCGAAAUCUCAAGGCCAGCAGACUGGCCGGACACUGUGGGUAGGUGUGGGGGGGGGGGGACUCUGGUCACAGACAGGACCUCUGCAGGCCUGAGCAUACCAUAGAUCUCCAGGUGUAUCUCUCUAAGAAGGGCUGUCCCCUGCAUGGGAGCGGCCACCAUAAGCUUGUCCCCCAACCCAGUGCCUCUUGUGUUAAUCCCACCAGGCAAGGUAGUCAGCCCUGCUGGCCUCAUUUGGAGCUGUACUCACCUCCUUUGCCCCAGGUGACAGAGCCUGACACUGGGGUCUGGAGGCACAGGGGGAACAGUAUGGCCUGUGACUCUCAAGGGUUCACCCUUCCCCUGAUGACAUCUCCCAGGAGUCUGUGCUCUGCCUGUCUCUGCCUCUUCCUAGGCUACACCCACCCACCCUGGCCUUCUCUCCACAGCCACCCUGACCCGAGCCCUCUGCUGCUGGGAAGGUCUGUGUUCCCCAUGACCGCCACCUAGGAGGUUUUGGAGGCUAGAUUGCCCAGGCAGCUGGGGAGAGGAAAAAGGCCUCUCAGCUGUCUCAUGCCGGAGAGUGAUGGGGGCAGAGGGGGCAGGGGUGCUGAUAGAAUUGGGGUCCUCGUACCCAAGCUGUCUGAGCCACAGUGACAUUACAUUUCCAGCCACUCUGACUCACUAGCUGCUAUAGGAUUCUGUGGAAGGUGUGGGGUGUCUCUCAGGUGAGACACAGGGCAUUUGGGUCGGACCUACAACACCUGAGGGCACCCCUUCGUACACUCCUGCUCUGAAGUGCUUCCUCUGUAGAUUUCCUAUACUCCAGGGUUUCUGUGUGCCAGGGCUCCCUCCCUCACCCUCUGGGUGCCCCCAAACCCAUACAGGGUUGAGAGGCUCAGUAUAACACCUGCAACCGUCCCCUAAGUCUUGAGGUCCUGCAGGGGGCAUGCUGACGGUGGGCUAGAGGGCCAGAAAUCCUGUAGUCCCACAGAGUGGGCAGGUGUUGAUGCUCAGAGCUUCUGGUGUGUGUCAAGGAAGGAAAAGGGGGUUAGGGGCCCAGGCUAACCCUCCCUUCACCUUCGCUGUCUUAGCCUGUCCAUGAGGGUGGACAGCCACCCCUAAGGCACUCCCGCACAGAACACAGCAUGGAGGAGGAGGCCGAUCCGCCCAGUUUAUAUACCCGGAAGUUUACAGGUUGUGGUGCGUCAGCCCAAAGUCAUCGGUGUCCUUGUGUUUAUGGAUAUUUUCCCUCUUAAGUUUCAGAUUUUUUUUAAAACAAAGUAUUUUUUUAGGUGCGAUAACCCGGAAAGGGCCUGUUGGGUGUGUGUGUAUGUCCUGAACUCCACAUAGCCACACAGGGACCAGAGUCCAGCUCGGAGGUAGCUCCUUUACCUGGCCUGGAGAGGGGGGAGGGCCCCCUGCUGCCUGCCAGGGUCAAGCUAGACUCUACAGGGAGUUCUCUUCCUGCCCAGGCCAGGCUGGCAUCUGUUCUGCCGCUGUCCCAUCCAGUACACCCUGGUGAAGCAGGAGUAGGCACUUGGGGCUAGCCAGAGCGUCUCAAUGGGUCCCAGGGGCACAUACCCCAGCUCCUCUGAAGGCUGUCCUGGGGGGGCGCUGGACAGGCUAGCCAACUGUUAUCUUCACUUGUACUCUGUGUGUAUGUUUUGGUUUCUGUGUUUUA